AUGGAGGACGACUGCCAUGACGAUGAAGAGCCAAGACUCAAGUACCAACGAUUAGUAGGAACUCUUUCUGAUGUGCUCAAGAAGGAUGCCGUCAGCUGCAUGGGAGUAUCGGAUCGGUUUUUGGCAGUUGGCACUCAUUGGGGUGUAGUGCAUAUUAUGGAUCUGAUUGGAACUCAAGUAAAGCGCUUUCAAAGUCAUACGGCGACCGUGAAUCAAGUUUCUAUCGAUGACAGCGGAGAGUUUGUGGCAUCUGCAAGUGAUGAUGGAAAUGUGGUGAUCAACUCACUCUACACUUCUGAUAUUCAGACCUAUAAUUUCUGGAGACCAGUCAAGGCCGUCUCUCUUGAGCCAGAUUACAGUCGCAAACAGACUCGUCAAUUUGUUUCUGGAGGAAUGGCUGGAAGUCUGGUAUUGACAGGAAAGGGCUGGUUUGGAAACACGAAUGUUGCAAUACAUUCAGGUGAUGGUCCCAUUUUCCAUGCUACUUGGCAUGGAAAAUAUAUUUUAUGGGCUAGUGAAACGGGUGUAAAUAUUUAUGAUACCGUAACAUCCCAGCGAUUUGGUCGGAUUGAGCGUCCACAAGAUAGCCCAAGAGCGGAUUUAUUCCGGUGCAGUAUUUGUUGGAAGUCGGAUACUACCAUUCUAGUUGGAUGGGCUGAUAGCGUAAAGGUGAUUGAGAUCAAGGAGCGUUCAAAGCAUGACGUUGCUUCUGGAUUGUCACCAAAAUAUGUAGAUGUAGUUUACCAAUUUCGAACAGAUUUUAUUGUUAGCGGCAUCAGUCCACUUGGAGACGCACUCGUUCUACUUGGAUAUAUUACAGAUUUAUCGCCAUUACGAGAUGUAGACGUGUUGAAUCCUGACAUAGCUCAUCAAAAGGCACAACCACCAGAGAUGCAUAUUGUAGAUUUGGAGGGAGAGGCUGUGGCAAACGAUGUGCUUUCAUUGAUUGGAUACGAGCAUUUUCAAGCAAAUGACUAUUUACUUGUAUAUCUUGCAUCGGAAACAGAAACGGACGCAUCUUACUACAUAGUUUCUCCAAAAGAUAUUGUUCUUGCUCGACCUCGCGAUAUAGAUGACCACAUCCAAUGGCUUGUGGAACGACAGCAGUAUGCAGAAGCACUUUGCGCAGCUGAUGCAGCUGGCUCCGAAUAUGCUGGCCAGUCCAAAGUAAACACUAUUCUUGAUAUUGGUCAAAAAUAUAUGGCUACAUUGAUGGCAGAUGGUAAUUAUUUGGAGGCAGCUCAAUCAUGUCAAAAGUUGCUUCGAACCGAUCAGCAGCUAUGGGAGCAUUGGGUGCAUGUAUUUGCAGCAGCCAAGCAACUCCAUAUUAUUACGCCUUUUGUGCCGCUGGAGUUGCCGCAGCUCUCUAGCUCGGUAUAUGAUCUGAUUUUGCUGAAUUAUCUUGCAAAUGAUUUAGACGGACUGCUACAAAUUAUUCAACUUUGGUCGCAUGAUCUGUAUAAUAUUCCCGUGAUUAUAAAUGCGGUUCACUCGGCGUUUAUUCGUAGUCCGGAAAGUGUUAUUUUAAUCAAAAUCAUGUUAGAGUUAUAUGAACGAAAUCGGCAAUGGGACAUGGUUUUAUACUAUGGUUUAUGCAUUCAUAAACCCGGUGUAUUAGAUCUUGUACAAAAGCACAAUCUUUUUCAAACCAUCGAGCUGAAUGCCCUAUUGGUUCUUCAGUAUGAUAAGCAUUUUAUUGAUGCUCCGGGGUUUCAAAUUCCUGCUUUUUUGGAGGCUAUGUAUAUUCCAGAAUCUACUAGUCCUCCUUUCCAAGUCGUCCAACAACUGCAAGGCCAUAGUCGGUUUUUACACGUUUAUUUAGACGCGCUGUUUAUCAAUGACUCGCAAGAAUCCCAUACUUUUCAUACACUUCAAGUUGAACUGUAUGCAGAGUAUGACUAUGCUCGACUUAUGUGGUUUCUUCGACACAGCAAGUUUUACUCCAUACCAAAGGCAUUUGACGUCUGUGAAGCACGGGAUCUGGUGCCAGAAAUGGUUCUUUUAUUGGGUAAAAUGGGAGAUAGUCGUCGUGCGUUGAUGCUGAUUAUUGAGCGACUACGAGACGCGAUUGAAUUUACCAAGGAUCAAAAUGAUGAAGAACUAUGGGAAGAAUUUUUAAAGUAUUCUAUGGACAAGCCAGCCUUUAUUGUUGGACUGUUGGAAAAUUUAAGCGCUCAUAUUGAUCCGCUACGUGUUAUUCGACUGAUUCCAAAGGGAUUGCGCAUUCCAGGACUUAAAAAUGCGCUGAUUAAAAUUAUGACAGAUUGUAGUGUUCAGAAAUCACUUCGUGAGGGAUGCGAAGAAGUACUUGUGGGAGAUACCUGGGAAAGUACUCAGAACCUUUAUCGUCAACAGCGUCGGGGAAUGCGAAUACAAGAGAAUGGACAGUGUGCAAUCUGUGGUGGAAACACUACCAAUUUGGGCAGUUUGAGUAGUGUAACCGGUAUAGAUUCUACUCCAGAUCUGAUUGUCUUUUUCUGUCAUCACCAAUUUCACGAAUCGUGUUUAGACAUGGAUGCAUCAACGACGAAUCUACAACAAAAGCGGUCUAUUCAUCCACAUGAAGCAGCAUCUAUGACAGCACGAACUAAAUCUACCAUGGCACACACAGAUCGUGCUAUUCAGUCGAUUUAUGUGCGUAGUAAUGGACAUCGUAUUCCUGCUCCAUUGAUACCCUUGGCCUAUGCACCAACGUCGUAUAAACCCGGGCUGAUUUGCCCCAUAUGCAGAAGCAGCAAGAGAGAUGCCAUGCAGUCAGUUUGAUGAAGUUGUGCCAUAUAUUUAUUUCAAAACGAGUAGGAUUGCUCAUGAUUGGUGAUAAGGAGAACAAGAAUGAACAGAAAUGAAAAGUUGUCAGCAACCAUCACCCUUGGUGAUGUUUCUUUGU